GUCAGUCUGACUGAGAGGAGAAAUGGAACAACCGGCAGACUGGGUGACUUUCUGCUGUUCGAUCUGUCUGGAUCUACUGAAGGAUCCGGUGACUACUUCCUGUGGACACAGCUACUGUUGUGACUGCAUUAAAAGUCACUGGAAUGAAGAGGAUCAGAGAGGAAUCCACAGCUGCCCUCAGUGCAGGAAAACUUUUAUACCGAGGCCUGUGCUGGGUAAAAACACCAUGUUAGCAGCUUUAGUGGAGCAGCUGAAGAAGACUGGACUCCAAGCUGCUCUUGCUGAUCUCUGCUAUGCUGGACCUGAAGAUGUGGCCUGUGAUUCCUGCUCUGGAAGAAAACUGAAAGCCAUCAAGUCCUGUUUAGUCUGUCUGGCCUCUUUCUGUGAGAAACACCUUCAGCCUCAUUAUGAUUCAGCUGCAUUUAAGAAACACAAGCUGGUGGAGCCCUCCAAGAACCUCCAGGAGAACAUCUGCUCUCGUCAUGAUGAGGUGAUGAAGAUGUUCUGUCGUACUGAUCAGAAGUGCAUCUGUUUUAUCUGUUUAAUGGAUGAACAUAAAGGCCACGACACAGUGUCAGCUGCAGCAGAAAGGACUGAGAGGCAGAGAGAGCUGGAGGAGAGACGAGAAAACAUCCAGCAGACAAUCCAGGACAGAGAGAAAGACGUGAAGCUGUUUCAACAGGAGCUGGAGGCCAUCAAGCACUCUGCUGAUAAAACAGUGGAGGACAGUGAGAAGAUCUUCACUCAGCUGAUCCGUCUCAUCCAGAAAAGAAGCUCUGAUGUGAAGCAGCAGAUCAGAUCCCAGCAGGAAACUGAAGGGAGUCGAGUCAAAGAGCUUCAGGAGAAGCUGGAGCAGGAGAUCACUGAGCUGAAGAGGAAAGACGCUGAGCUGAAGCAGCUCUCAGACACAGAGGAUCACAACCAGUUUCUCCACAACUACCCCUCACUGUCAGCACUCAGUGAGUCUACACACUCAUCCAGCAUCAAGAUCCGUCCUCUGAGCUACUUUGAGGAUGUGACAGCAGCUGUGUCAGAGCUCAGGGAUCAACUACAGGACAUCCUGAGAGACGCAUGGACAAACAUCUCACUGAGACUCACUGAGGUGGAUGUUUUACUGUCAGGACCAGAACCAAAGAGCAGAGCUGGAUUCUUGAGAUAUUCAUGUGAAAUCACACUGGAUCCAAACACAGCACACAGUCGUCUGUUACUAUCAGAGGGGAACAGGAAGGUGACAAUGAUGAAACAACCUCAGUCUUAUUCUAGUCAUCCAGACAGAUUCACUUUUUGGCCUCAGGUUCUGAGUAGAGAGAGUCUUACUGGACGUUGUUACUGGGAGGUGGAGAGGAGAGAGGGAGUUUUUGUAGCAGUCGCAUACAAGAAUAUCAGGAGAGCAGGAGAAGGGAAUGAAUGUGGAUUUGGAGGUAAUGACAAAUCUUGGGCAUUAUAUUGUUACCAAGAAGGUUAUAAAUUUGUUCACAACAACAUCAGUACCUCCGUCUCAGGUCCUGUUUCCUCCAGAGUAGGAGUGUACCUGGAUCACAGAGCAGGUAUUCUGUCCUUCUACAGCGUCUCUGAAAUAAUUAAUCUCCUCCACAGAGUCCAGACCACCUUCACUCAGCCGCUACAUGCUGGGGUUUUUGUUUUUUCUGGAGGUUCUGCUAAGUUCUGUAAACCUAAAUAGACAGAAUCCACUGAAGGUUGUCAAAAUACCUCUAAAAUCGGUGAUGUGUUGAGCCCGACCAUAUUCCCUGUUAUUUACAAAUUAAGAAAUAAUUUGGACAUUGAAUUUGUAAAGAUAAGAAAAAAAGGGACAACAUAGAGAGCUCUGUAAUUGUAUGUUUAAGCUGAUUGUGUUCUCAGUAUUGAAUUAUAUGAUUGACUGAUUGUUUUUCUUUUUCUAAAAGGAUCAAGUACUUAUGUUUUGAAUAAAUGAAGCAAUGAGUGUCUUAGUGCAGACAGGAUGAGUAGAUAAUAGAAUUAGCGUAUUCAGCGAGGAGGAUGUAGUCCAUCUAUAGCAGAAAGAAGAGGAACGAGACCUUUGAUUCAACCCACCCUGGUGAGUAGGGGGCCCCUUGCAAUGGUAGAAAAAGGAAACUAGACCUUGAGCUCAACCGACAAAAGAGGAACCAAACGAAAUGAGAGAGGUGAUGCUGUUUGAUGCAGGUGGAGGGUGUGAAGCGCUGCAACCUCACAACCGUUCUUUCACCAGGUAUAAAGGAAAGAUUAUCUGUGCUCGUGGCUUAGUUUCUCAUCUCAGAAGACACGCAGCGCAGAGCAGAAGAAAAGAAGACCCAAGAUAGAAGGACGAUCGUUGAGCUGAAGGAAGAACACGGUGCCCCUGUCUCUGAGAACCGCCGAGACUGAGUCAGAUUAUCUAUUUUUCAUGUUUUCCACAAAUUGGGGCCAAUGAUCUGCAAAUCCUGUCAAGAAGAACUGCUGUGGUUUUGACCUGGUUGAUGAGAAGAUCCUAGAUGUCAAGAAGAUGUGAGUUGCACCCGUGAGAUGUCAGUUCUGAAGAUGAGCCAACUUGUCUAGCAGAAAAGACGGACCUCAGACACAGACAUCAAGGCAAAGGGCUCCAGGCAUGAGUCUUUGUGAGUGGGACAUUAGUGGGACAUCGGAGUUGCCAUCAAGAGAAGGCACGUUGUUCGA